UUUGGAUUGCAUAAUAAUGUCUCUAUAAAACUGCCACCAGAAUUCUGAAUCAUUCAAGUCUCUUCUCCAUCUUUCAGUACUUUAAGUUUUUCUUCCGUCUUGAUCUUGUUCCUUGUUCUUCUGGAUCGAAAUAAAAAUGGCGAUAGCAGCAGAUCAAGUGGUGAUAAUAGUUGGAGCUGGUCCAUCAGGCAUAGCAACAUCAGCAUGUUUGAACCAUCUUUCAAUACCAAACAUAGUCUUGGAAAGAGACGAUUGUCUGGCUUCCAUAUGGACCAAAAAAUCUUACGAUCGUCUUCACCUCCAUCUAUCAAAGCAAUUCACUGAUCUUCCUCACAUGCCGCUUCCUUCUGAUUACCCCAUGUUCAUCUCCAGACAACAAUUUGUAGACUACUUGGAAAGUUACGCGACCCAUUUUAACGUCAGUCCGGUAUACAAUCGGUGUGUUGAAUUGGCAACAUUUGAUGAAAAUACUAAGAAAUGGAACUUGAAAGUUAAGAACACGGGCAAUAACGGCGACAGUGAAGAUUUUGAAGAGUAUUCAACCAGGUUUUUGGUGGUGGCGACUGGAGAAACAACUGAUGCGUACAUACCUGAAAUUGAAGGUUUGGGCGGAUUUAAAGGGGACGUACUUCAUUCAACUGAGUUCAAAAAUGGAGAAAAAUUUACAAAGAAAAAUGUUUUGGUUGUGGGGUCUGGAAAUUCUGGCAUGGAAAUCUCUCUUGAUCUAGCAAAUUUUGGUGCCAAUACAUCUAUUGUUGUUCGAAGCCCUGUUCAUAUAAUCAACAAGGAGACGGCAUACUUGGGGUUGCGAUUACUGAAACAUCUGCCUCUAAACAUAGUCGAUGGAUUACUUGUGUUUUUAAGCAAGCUAGUUUAUGGUGACACGUCCAAGUAUGGAAUUGUAAGACCCAAAGAAGAAGGCCCUUUCUUGAUGAAAGGUAAAUAUGGGAAAUAUCCCAUCCUUGAUGUCGGGACAUUCAGCAAAAUCAAGUCUGGUCAUAUCCAGGUUUUGCCAGCCAUAAAAAGCAUAACGGGUGAUGGUGUAGAAUUUGUUAAUGGAAAGUCGUACCAAUUCGAUGUGUUACUUUUUGCGACAGGAUUUGCGAGGGCAACAAACAAGUGGCUCAAGGACGAUGAUUACCUUAUUGGAGAAAAUGGGAUCUCAAAACAGAGUUUUCCUAACAACUGGAAAGGGAAAAACGGACUAUAUUGUGCUGGUUUGGCGCGAAAAGGGAUAUAUGGAACUGGGAUUGAUGCCCAGAAAAUAGCUGCUGAUAUCAACAGACUGCUGUGAACUCGUAUAUCUUAAUUUUUUUUGAAUAUUUGUGCUUAGUAAUAGAUGUUCAAUUUAUAUUUGAGCGAUUAAUCUGAAAAUUGUGCCAAAUAUAUGUGAAGAAUAUGCUAUUCGUGACGACAAGUAUAUGAUAACAUUUGCGGCACAUGUUAGGAUCCGAGGUAUUCAUUUCUAUGGAAAUGCUUAUAUAUAAGUUCAUUGUGUGCCGUCUCUCUACAAAAGUUUCUCCCGUGAACAAGUUGUUAUUCCGCCGUCUUCCAACGGCUCAGAUGUGCUCCUCUUACAGUAGAUCUUGUUGAUGCUGAAAUGAACACCUUUAGAAUCAUGGAGUACUUGGAAGUGACGAAAAUUUCGAGUAAUGUUGAAGAACCAAGGAGA